AUGGACCCCCGAGGGCCAGCACCACAGUCUUUCCAGAGAGCUGAAAAACCUGGUCGGGUCCGCCGUCGGAAGACCAGACGGGAGCGUAAUGAGGCCCUGGUGGGCAGCCGCCGGCCAUUGGCUCAUCAGGAGCCUUCUGUGGCUAGUCGGAAUCCACCCAUGGACCUCCAGGACCAUGUGGCCCCUACUGCAACCAAGCUAGUGGUCAUAACCCAGGGCCGGCUAAGCCGGGAGCACCGGGGUCUCUUCAACCAUGAGGUGAAAUCUCUGGAUGUGGCAAGGCUGCUGAGCAGUGGGUCACUGGAACCAGACACCCCCACAUUACCCACCAAGCCUUCCCCAAGCCCAGUCAGGGCCCAAGAACCAGGCCAACAGUCAAGGGGCAAGGAGAACCAGGUGUCUGGAGACUCUGGCCCAGGCCCACCUAGUCCCCUGGAGCUCCUUGGCUUGGGGCAGCUGCUAGGGGAGCUGCAGGGCCAGCUGAUUCUGCCACAGGCCUUCCCCAGGAGGAACCUAGUACAAGAGGCCAGGGAUGCCAUCCUGGGUACCUUACAGGUAUGCCAUGGUGGUGUGCCCGACCUUACCCUGGUGCUCCGAGGCUGCCAGCCAUCCUUGUCAGGGACCAAGCCUGAGGACUCUGAGAGAGGAAGGAUCAACAGCCCUGAGCAGACCCCAGGGGAAGGAAGGCAGAGGAGGAGAGGAGGACAGGGGACAAAGGAAUUCACCUUUGCUGUGCCUCACACCUCCAGCACUCUCACUACACACAGAGUGAGCCUGGCUCCACCGAAAGGUCCUUGGCCACCCACAUUGCCUUCCACAUCUCCGGUUGCCUGGGGCCCCCCAACAGCCUUUGACCUGCUGAAAAGCAUCUGGCUAGUAGCCACACCACCUCCUUCCUGGCCCCAUGGGGUCAGCACACCACAGUCCUUGCCUCAGCUACCAUCCCCCUUGUUUUCCCAAACCUCUGCCCUUGACUGGAGUCCUUGUCCCCCUGCCCCACUGCCCGGCCUCUCCUAUACAGUGGCCCAGAGCAGCCCAGAGGCCUGGUCCUUUCCACCCAUGAGACUGUACUAA